ACGUUUACCGUUUUGCUUUACUGAGCAUUUUUUCAGCUUUCGCUAGAUCUCUCCGCCUUUACCUGUCCUCCUUUUGUCAAGGAAGAUCGGACCUGGGUUUGUGAGUUGGUUUCUUAACCUUGUGGGCUCGAUUCCUCUCUACCUCUGCCAAUGGAGCCAUGAGGGCUUCAGGGGUGAGGGCUUUCGAGGAUAGUUGCAGAAGAAGGAAUCGUUACGUGAUCAAUGGGGAGGACGGAUACAAACGGUCCUAAGGCAGCUUCUGGAAGUAGUGAUGGGAAUUCCGAGACCCAGGUGUUCCUGAAUGUCUAUGAUCUCACCCCUAUGAACAAUUACAUGUCCUGGUUUGGAGUAGGAAUCUAUCAUUCGGGAAUUGAAGUACAUGGUAUGGAAUAUGGGUUUGGAGCUCACGACUUCCCAACUAGUGGAGUGUUUGAAGUGGAACCACGGAGUUGCCCAGGUUUUGUCUAUAGAUGCUCAAUUAAGUUGGGCUGUAUGAACAUUGCCCCCCUUGAAUUACGCACAUUUAUGGAGAACGUUGCUUCAGAAUAUCAUGGUGACACUUAUCACCUCAUUUCCAAGAACUGCAACCAUUUUACAGAAGACAUCUCAUUAAGGUUGACAGGAAAACGGAUCCCUGGAUGGGUGAACCGGCUUGCUCGACUAGGUGCCAUGUGCAGUUGUUUGCUUCCUGAAAGCCUUCAAGUAUCCACUGUCAAACAGAUGCCGGAGUACCACGCGUGCUCAGAAGAAGAUGGUUCCGAGUCUCUCUCUACGACCACCCCGCAUGAGAUGGCAGAAAGUGAUGAUACGGAUCAAGAUAAACAUCUUCUUUCAGCUUCAGAUGGUGGUACGGAAUUGUCUUUUGUCAAAGAGUUCCAAAGGUGAAGCUAAGCUACUGGAAACAAAAGAUGGUGGUUUGUAAAGACAGCCAAUUUUAAAAAGGAAUUCCAACUUACCAUUUUGAACUAAACUUGGAUUUUCUCAUUACCGCUCAUUGUUUCGCAACUGUUUUAAAGAGUCCUGCUAUUGUGUUGGUUGGUUUGAUGUAAUUUGUUCAUAUUUGAUGAUUUGUCACAGAACAAUACUUGUUAGAUCAGAAGUCAUUGGUUGGAUGAAUGGGAAUUUGGAUCGAUUGGGAAUUGAGGAUGAAAUGCAUCCCUAUAAUGAAUAUUGAUGCUUGUGACUUGGUGCUUAA